CCUGCGGUUUCUAUCCGGGUUAGUUUCUGUGUCCCCAGCUGCUUAAUCUGUGUGCAUUUUACAGCGAUAAAGCCCUGGACUGGUGUUUGUUGUUUACAUAAAAAGCUUCAUGUUUCAUUUGGUGGAUACCUCAGGUAGCCUUCAAAAUAGACACAUCACAGUAUGCGGCCUCUAACCUGCUGACUGAGCCACACUGUCUGGACAAGACUGGACACAAGCUCCCACUGUGCCUGCCCAGCACCAAAAUCAGCAAUCUGCAGAGGUCCCGCCACUCAGUGGGGCAGGUUUCUGUUGCCAUGGAUACAGAGUCCACCUACUCCGAAUAUUCCCACUACUCCAGCCGCUCCAGGGGCUCGCACCGGCAUGGUGAGAGGAGUCGAGACCGGCACAAGUCUCGCAGCAAAGAUGGCAGCCGCUCUGAGAAAUCUGUGACCAUCAAUGCGCCCCCAGCUGAGCCACUUCUAGGUGAUGAGUCCACCCGUGGAGAAGAGGUUCAGGAUGACAACUGGGGUGAGACCACGACAGCAGUCACAGGGACGUCAGAGCACAGCAUCUCCCAGGAGGACAUUGUGCGGAUCAGCAAAGACAUGGAGGACAGCGUGGGACUAGACUGCAAACGCUACCUGGGGCUGACCGUGGCAGCAGUUCUGGGUCUACUUGUGUUUCUGACGCCCAUCGCCUUCCUAAUCUUGCCUCAGGUGCUGUGGAGGGACAAGCUGGAGCCCUGCGGCACAGCCUGUGAGGGCCUCUUCAUCUCGGUGGCCUUCAAGCUACUCAUUCUGCUCCUGGGCACCUGGGCGCUCUUCUUCCGUCCGCCCAGGGCGGGCAUGCCCCGUGUCUUCGUCUUCCGAGUCCUGCUCAUGGUCCUCAUCUUCCUCUUUGUUGUCUCUUACUGGUUGUUCUAUGGUGUGCGCAUCCUGGAAACGAAAGACAGCAACUACCAGGGUAUCGUGCAGUAUGCCGUCUCACUGGUGGACGCCUUGCUCUUUAUCCACUACUUGGCCAUUGUGCUGCUGGAGAUGCGACAGCUGCAGCCCGUGUUCUCAAUCAAAGCCACCCGCUCCACUGACGGGGAGUCGCACUUCUACAGCCUGGGUCACCUGAGCAUUCAGCGAGCUGCUCUGGUAAUUUUGGAGAAUUAUUACAAAGAUUUCUCUGUGCACAAUCCUGCAUUGUUGACAGCAUCCAAAUCGCGAGCAGCUAAGCACAUGGCAGGACUGAAGGUGUAUAAUGUGGAUGGUCCAGAGAACAAUGCUCCAGGGCAGUCCCGAGCCAUGAUCACAGCUGCUGCCAGGAGGAGAGACAACAGUCACAAUGAUCUGUACUAUGAAGAGGCAGACCAUGACCGCCGAGUAAAGAAACGCAAAUCAAGGCUGGUGGUGGCAGUGGAGGAGGCAUUCACCCACAUCAAGCGCAUGCAGGACGAGGAGCAGAAGAAAGCCCCAGGGGAGGUGAUGGAUCCCCGUGAAGCAGCGCAGGCCAUAUUCCCUUCCAUGGCCAGAGCGCUGCAGAAAUACCUCCGCACCACUAGGCAGCACCAAUACCAUACCAUGGAGAGCAUCCAGCAGCACUUGGCUUUCUGCAUCACAAACAACAUGACCCCAAAGGCCUUUCUAGAGAGUUAUCUGAACCCCGGACCCACACUGCAGUACAGUCAAGACCGCUGGUUUGCCCGUCAGUGGACUCUCGUCAGCGAGAAAGCUGUUACAAACGGCCUAAACGAUGGGGUGGUUUUUGUCCUCAAGUGCACAGACUUUAGCCUUGUUGUGACUGUUAAGAAAAUUCCCUUCAUCAAACUCUCUGAGGAAUUCAUCGACCCCAAGUCACACAAGUUUGUGCUCCGGUUACAGUCCGAAACAUCCGUCUAGGAUCUUGUUUCAGAAUUCACAGGGGUGUUUUUUUUUGUUGUUUGUUUUUAUUUUUUAAAGAAUUUUUUUUUGAUAAAAAUUUAAA